AUGGGAAAGCGUCGUCGCCUCCUCGAUGAUAACGGCAACAAUGUUAAUGGGUCCCAAUCGGCACAAGCUCAAGAACCUACUCCAAAGCGCCGAUACUUUGGCAAAUCACAUCUCCUCGCCCUCCCGCAAGAACUCAUUCUUCGCGUCUUACAUUUCCUUCCAGUCCAGACCCUACUUACUGUUUCUCGGGUGUCACGAAAGCUUCAUGCCUUGGCUUCAGACCAGCAAUUAUGGAAAACUAAAUUCUGGGCAAAGUUCAUUCUUCCAAGACUGCAGCGAAGAGCCCGGCUUAGUAUACCCGACUCACACGGUAGCAGGGAACCUGAAACCGAACCGGGGGCAGUCGCUGAUUGGAAGAUGUGGCUGGAGGAUCAUGUGUUAAUUCAAGAGGAAAGGAACCUGGCAGCUCUUGCCCCUUCAUCAACUGCAUCAGCAUCACUUGAACCAUACGAGGCCCUUAUCGAUGGGUAUCUCUCAUCUUCUAAACAACCAAAGAUCACAAAGCCUACGCUCGACUGGAAAGGAAAGUUUCGAUUACGGUCCAACUGGCAGCGGGGUGUAGCACAGUCCAGCCAAUUGGGGCUUCUAAAUCCAGUGUCUAACAAUGAAAGCAAAGCGCCCCCUAUCACAGGCAAAUUCUACGAGGGUUAUUUUUUUUCUGCCGACACUCAACAUGGUGUCCGAGUUUUUGGUCGCCAAGGCCAUUCAAAAAAGCUAGUCGAACUCGCGAGGCGGUCUAUCACAUUAGGCGAGCCCACCUGCAUGUGUCUCGAAGAGAGUCUUCUAAAUGAUACCUCGAGGAAACGACAUGAGGCUCGGAACAUUGAUUUCGUGGUCGGCUACAAUAACGGUAGCUAUGCUAUUUACCACUUUAAUCCCACCUCAGGCUGUCUCCGUGAGAAGUAUAUAAAAAAUAAAUCCGAUGAAAUUGGCACGAUUGAAAUCAUCGCCUUCCAUUUCCCCUACCUUCUUAUCAUAGCGAGGCUUAAUAAAUUUCAACUCUCGAUAAUUAACUUCCAAAGUGCCGUUAAAAGGAAAGGAGCUGUGGAUUUGCAUGAUGGAUUGCUCCUCCCCGAUAUAUCUUUCCUCCCCCCUACCCUGGUUAAAAAUUUAUCCUUAGACCAGUCGUGGCUUCCCAGCUGUCUAUCCCUCCGCAAAGACCCCGUCUCCAACAAAAUUAUCGGAACCUGCGUGUUUACCGUCAGAAGCGUCAUAAUCGGUACAUCUAUCACAAUACAAGAAUUCCACCUUUCAUCUGAAAAACCAGUGAUUUUGGAAACACAAACGUCUAGUCCACCUUUACAUGAAGCUCUGGACUAUGUUUUCUUCGGCAGAGCCGCUCAGCUUGCAUUUACAGCGCCAACAUGCGUUUCUUAUCGUUAUCCUUUCAUCAUGACGUCGCACGCCGACAAUACCUUGGUACUGUAUAAUAUGUUUACCAACAAAGAGGGCAAGAUUGAGAUAUUAUCUGGGCAUCGCCUCUGGGGCCAUAACUCAUCGAUCAUGUCAGUCGAAGUUGGUUUAAGGAGGGCAGUAAGUGUAGACCGGCGAGGCGAAGUCCGAUUUUGGGACCUGCAGGAAAGAUUAGAGAGAACUUAUGGCAAAGAUCGCAGUACCAGGCUCAUUGGUUCUGGGGACCCGUUGUCGUUGAAUAUAGGAGGGGUCCAUAACUUCCCAAGAGAAAGGUGUGCGGUCGGAUUUGGGGAGGAAAAUGUCGUCGUAUUGGAAAAGGUUACUAAUUCUGGGAAGGAUACCAAGGCGAGGUUUGAAUUGCUCGUGUAUGACUUCACAUAG